AUGUCAGGCGGAAGCGGCGGCGGAACAUCAGGACCCUCGGCGGAUAUCCACUCCGCGGCGAGAUCCGGUGAUCUCGCAGCAGUUCAAUUAAUCAUCAGCACUAAUCCUCUAGCCGUCAAUUCUAGGGAUAAACAUUCUCGAACUCCAUUGCACUUGGCAGCGUGGGCAGGUCACAACGAGAUAGUGAGCUACUUAUGCAAGAACAAAGCAGAUGCUGGUGCUGCAGCAGUGGACGAUAUGGGUGCAAUCCAUUUUGCUUCUCAAAAGGGACACGUGGAAGUUGUGAGGACUCUAAUAUCCGUUGGGGUUUCAGUGAAGUCCAUCACACGCAAGGGACUUACACCUCUUCACUACGCUGCUCAAGGUUCUCACUUGGACCUUGUUAAGUACUUGGUUAAGAAAGGAUCUAAUGUCAGAGCCACGACUAAGGCUGGGAAGAAUCCGGCGGAUGUUGCGGGUAACCCUGAAACGCAGAACUUUCUUGAAGAGUGUGAGGAGCAAGCGAGGAAAGAUAAGUUGAAGAAUAGUCAGAAGAAGAUUGAGGAAGUGAAGCCAGAGAGUUGUGGUGUUGAAGGAGGUGACAAGGGUUUGAAAAGAAAGGAGUCUGAGGAUCGGAAUGAGGAGGAAGAGAAAGUAGAAGGUUCUUUGACAGCGAAGAAGCCGAAAGUUGUUCUUCGUCAUCUGCAAGAUGAGACUGAUGACACAGAAGCUGAUGAAGAAGAAGAAGAAACCAAGGAACCAAAUAAUGAAACUUCAAAUAAUCCAUCUGAAGUGUCUACUUGA